GACGACGGGGUUCAACCAGCAACGGAGUACGUGCACGGUUGGGACGCUGACGGUUGCAAAGCCUUCAGGGCGCCGCUCGCAGAGCCCAACAAGAAGGAGUACACGGACGACGUGGAGGUCAGCUCGAGCGACCCGAAGGGCUUCAUCAUCGCGAAGUUCUCCGAGGAAGACGUCAAGGAGAUCGUGGACAUGACGAACGAGGAGUUCGAGGUGAACACCAAGAUCCGCUUCGAGAAGACGAAGGGGACGCUGUGGACAGGCAAACAUAUUGACACGGGCGCUCAAGUUACCAUCCAGAAGAAGGUCGACAAGGCUAUUGGCUUGGUCAUUCUCGUCCACUCUGACAACAUCGUCGAGGAUGCGCCUGGCAAGAAGAAGCAGAUCCUCCAGGUCAUCAUUGGGCGCGACAGCACGCGCGCAUACCGCAAGGACGUGAUGGCGAAGACGGUCGGGCUACUGCAGAAUUACAUCCUCGGGUUGCUCGAGCGCGACUCGUUGACGGCGAAGCGUGACGAGUUCAUGGCAUCGCUCAGCCGCCCAUCGAAAGCCCAGUCUAGCGGCGAGGCGGCGGCGGCGUCCAGCAGCAGUGCACCGGCGGCCUCGAAGAGAGAAGCGUCAGCCUCCAGCGCGGCGAAGCCCAGCAAGAAGCCCAAGUCGUCUUCUCCGACCGGGGAAAGCGACGCCAAGGAGGUAGUGGUCCAGGUCGACUCCGACGGCGACAGCGACGACUCCGCGUGGCUGGAGCACCUCGAGAAGGUCAGGAGCCAGCGCGAGCAGGAGUCGAUCAAGCUUUGA